AUGGCUGACUUCCCAAACCAUCCGUUCCUCCUUUCUGUGGAGGAUACGGUCAAAGCUCUUGACACCGAUCUGGACAAAGGUCUAACCUCAGCUCAGGUAACUGAGCUGCAAGAAAAGUACCCCAAGAAUGAGCUGGACGUGGGUGGUUCCAUCCCCUGGUACAGCAUUCUGACCAAACAAGUUCUCAAUGCCAUGAUUAUUGUACUAGCAUUUGCCAUGGCCCUGAGCUUUGGGAUCAGAGACUUCAUUGAAGGCGGAGUGCUCGCCUUUGUCAUUUUUCUCAAUGUCGCCAUUGGCUUUUGGCAGGAGUACCGCGCUGAAAAGCGUAUGGAUGCGCUUCGUGCCUUGUCCUCACCCAGUGCCAUGGUUCUUCGAGACGGUAAAACGCAAGUAGUCGCCAACCCCGACGUGGUGCCUGGUGAUGUCGUCCUCCUCAAGAUGGGCGAUACUGUCCCAGCAGAUCUCCGAGUCUUUGAGGCCAUGAACCUCGCUUGCGAGGAGGGCCAGCUCACUGGCGAAUCAAUUCCUGUCGAGAAAAUCGCCGAGAGCAACAUCACGGUCCCAGGGACUGAGAAGCUUGCCGUCUCUGAGCAAGAAGUCGGUAUUGGCGAUCGAGUGAACAUGGCUUAUGCCACAACCAUUGUCGUUAAAGGUAGAGGACGCGGGAUUGUCACCGCGGUUGGCAUGGCUACUGAAGUCGGCAAAAUUGCUGCUUCUACCGCCAAGAAGCACCGCAAGGCAGGCCGAUCAAUGAAUUGGCGCAAGUACGGAAAGAAACAGCCUGUCGUGGGCUUCGCUAGGCGUACUUAUGACCUUGUUGGUAAGUUUCUGGGCUUGACCGAAGGUACUCCAUUGCAGCGGAAGCUCUCUGCGCUAGCCUACGUCCUUUUUGGUUGCGCUAUUAUACUCGCCAUGGUGGUAUUUGGGGUCAACCAUUUCAACCUGAGAAACGAGGUUAUCAUCUACGCCACGUCUCUUGGAAUUGCCAUUAUCCCCGAAUCUCUGGUUGCCGUCCUAACCAUCACCAUGGUGGUAGCCGUCACUGUCAUGAGGAAAGCCAAUGUUGUCGUUCGUGAUCUUUCCGCUCUGGAAGCCCUCGGUGGAGUCACCAACAUUUGCUCCGACAAGACAGGCACCUUGACCGAGGGAGCUAUGAUUGUCCGCAAAGUUUGGAUUCCUCCUUCUAACGAAUAUACUGUCCGCGAUGCCCAGAAUCCGAAUGAUCCGACAAAGGGACGUGUCACUUGUUCUCAGAGUAAGCAAGAGACGGACACAGAUAAAGAAGAAGUCAACCGUGACUAUGACCGGGAACGCAGUGCCGCCGUUCUCAAAUUCGAUGUUCCUGAGGAGAAGCUGAAUACCAAGGCCCCCAAGAAGGACCCCGAGCCCGAACCAGAGACGGAAAUGACGGACCAACUUGAGGCUUUCCUUUUAUCCGCCGCCCUCUGCAAUCUGGCAACUGUCAGGUACGACGACGAGGAGGGAAAGUGGCAGACUACCGGCGAGCCCACCGAAGUUGCUCUUCAAGUGUUCGCCCAUCGAUUCCAAAGGGGCAAGAAGACUCUCGAAGGCAGUGGCUGGAAGCAACUUGCCGAGUUCUCUUUUGACAGUUCCAUUAAGCGCAUGUCCGUCAUUUACGAUGGGCCCGAGGGCAAAAGUGGCCCUCUGAUUGAAGCAGAGCAGAGCGUCGUCUUCACCAAGGGUGCUGUGGAGCGGAUUUUGGACCUGUGCUCUCACGUUGGUACUGGCGCCGAAAAGCACCUAAUAAACGACGAGAUUAGGGAGAAGGUGCUUGAUCAAAUGAGCUCUCUCGCUUCUCAAGGCCAGCGAGUACUCGCCAUUGCCUACCGCCCAUGGGAUGGUCGGUUCGUGGCCAAGAAGUCGUCCUCGGCCGCAGAGGAUGAGGAACUCCGGAGCGUCGUGGAAAGGGACCUCAUUCUUCUCGGACUCGCUGGUAUCUACGAUCCACCACGCCGCGAGACAAAGGCUUCCAUUGGAGAGUGUUCGCAAGCCGGCAUCAAGGUUCAUAUGCUUACUGGGGAUCAUCCCGAAACAGCCAAGGCCAUUGCCAAGGAAGUGGGCAUCAUCCCAAAAAACCUCGGGGUCCUUCCCGAGAAGGUUGCUCAAUCCAUUGUCCAGAAGGCGACGGAUUUUGACAAGAUGACGGACGCGGAAAUUGAUGCGCUGGAGGAGUUGCCCCUUGUUGUUGCUCGUUGCGCUCCUGACACCAAGACUCGCAUGAUUGAGGCUCUCAGGCGGCGUGGCGCUUUCAUGGCCAUGACGGGCGACGGCGUGAACGAUGCCCCCUCGCUGUCUCGUGCUGACGUUGGCAUCGCCAUGGGUUCUGGUUCAGACGUGGCCAAGUCUGCGUCCAAGAUUGUGCUUACGGAUGACAAGUUCAACUCGAUUGUCGCUGCCAUCCGGGAGGGACGUCGCAUGUUUGAUAACAUUCAGAAAUUUGUGCUGCACUUGCUCACCUCCAACGUGGGCGAGGUGAUUCUUUUGAUUGCUGGCCUCGGCUUUGUCGACCAGUCUGGCUUCUCCGUCUUCCCCGUCUCACCGCUGCAGAUUAUCUGGAUCAACAUGGUCACGUCUUCGUUCCCUGCCUUUGGCUUGGGCCGAGAAGGUGCCGCACAGGACGUGAUGCGACAGCCGCCCCACGACAAAGGCCGGGGUGUUUUCACAAACCAGAUUGUCGUCGACAUGAUUGUUUACGGCAGCAUCAUGGGAGCCUGCACCAUGUGCACCUUCGCCAUCAUCAUUUACGGGGCAAACAAUGGAGACCUCGGAGAAAACUGCAACACGGAAUAUACCGAGGCGUGCGAUGCCGUGUUUCGAGCUCGCGCUGCUACGUUUGCGGAACUGACCUGGUUGAUUCUCAUCUCGGCAUGGGAGUUUAAGAGCUUGCGACGUUCCAUGUUUCAUCUGAAGCCAGAUGAUGACAGCCGCUUCCCCGUCUUUAGGGAUCUCCACUCGAACCGCUUUCUGUUCUGGUCCGUCAUUCUGGGUGGCCUGUCCGUGUUUCCCGUUGUUUACGUGCCGGUUCUGAACACCAAGUUCUUCAAGCACAAGGGAAUCUCAUGGGAGUGGGCAUUGUCCGCAGGGUUUACCAUGAUGUUCGUGGCCGGCGUCGAGUUGUGGAAGUUUAUCAAGAGAAGGUUCCGCUUGCUCGAGGGCGGCGCGGUGCAGCGAGGUGUCUGGGGCCAGGGAGGUUCCGACGACCAGGGUCCCAAGUUCCGCAAGACUUUGUCCAUGUCCAGCUUCAAGACUUGGGCAACUUUGUCACGCAAGGAUACCGGCGAUUCGACAUUGAAGUACAGCUCGUUUCAUGGAGGUCAGGGUGGUCCAGCGGGAGGAACUGAGCAGGCAUCAAAACAUGAAGAAGUCUAG